CUCCCCCAGCCCAUUCUGUAUCCUGUGGCUGACAGCCCAGGAGGAGGAGUCUGGGUGCAAACACACAGCAAAGCUCAGACAAGAGACGUAGCUAAUCCAAGCUAGAGGUUUGCAGCACAUUGACAUUCCGACACCAACGCUGGCUGUGCAAACGCCUUGGAAAAUGCUGGCAGCUCCGGUUCCCAGCCUUCUGCUCCCUGUUGCUAUGCUUGUGUUGAUAUCACAGAAGCUUUCUGAAGCCUGCAGUUGCUCACCAGUGCACCCUCAACAGGCCUUCUGUAACGCAGACAUAGUUAUUCGAGCCAAAGCCAUUACUGGAAAAGAAGUGGACAAUGGGAAUGAUGUCUAUGGUAAUCCCAUCAAAAGGAUCCAAUAUGAGAUCAAGCAAAUAAAGAUGUUUAAGGGACCCGAUAAGGAUAUAGAAUUCAUCUACACAGCUCCAUCCUCAGCAGUGUGUGGGGUGACACUGGAGAUCGCUGGAAAGAAGGAAUAUCUGAUUUCAGGUAAAGCCGAUGGUGAUGGAAAGAUGCAUGUAAUCCUGUGUGACUUCAUCGUGCCAUGGGAUUCUCUUAGCCUAACUCAAAAGAAGAGUCUCAGUCAGCGCUAUGAAAUGGGCUGUGAGUGUAAGAUAUCCCGUUGCCCCUCCAUUCCCUGCCUUGUCUCUUCUCAGGAUGAGUGUCUCUGGACAGACUGGGUGACCGAGAAGAGCAUCAAUGGACGUCAGGCAAAGGACUACUCUUGCAUAAAACGCACUGAUGGCUCCUGUUCCUGGUAUCGGGGGACAGCACCCCCAAAGCAGGAGUUCCUUGACAUUGAGGAUCCAUAAAUCCAAGCUUCCCAAAACCCAGAUGUAACUUGUGAGGGGCCAGCCCAGGAGGAAAGGAACCCAACAAGUUUGUAUGGUCCUGUCUGGACAUCAUUUCCUGCAAUUGUUGUGGCUGGAAGGAAAAGUGACAUUAUAAGCCACACCUGGGACAAGAGUUUAACCCCUUCAGUGCUGGCCAAUUUGCAGCAUUGAAAGGAUUAAAUUGUUCAAUGAUGGAUGCGGACAUGCCCCAACCAGCCCUCUGCUUAAAAUUCUUGCAUUUAGCUUCUGUUUAAACUUCCAAAAAAAGCCCUAUUUGUAAGUAUCUUCCGUAAUCUGUGUAGCUGGUCUACAGCCCCCCCCUCUCUUACUAAUAUGGGUUCCAUUGUAAUCUCUCUUUGCAUUUAGCCUGUUUGUAUUUGUUGAAGCUGUUCAUCCCUUGUAUGGCAGGAAGAGUGGAGUUUCAUUCCUAUCACUCUUACACAGGAGUUAAGUUGAUUUGAGAAAUAAUAGCCUUAAAGGGAUCCCAUCUGAAAACCGCUGCUCUAAAGAUAUAUUUAUCAGCUUAAUGCUCUAGUCAUGGAGUGAAGAAUACCUAUUCUUAUAACUGUUUAUUUCAAUCUUUAUGUUUGUUUUUCUAACACAGCUGUUCUUACACAUUGUACAAAUGCGGGUCCUAAAUUGUAUCAUAGUAAGCAGUGACAGUUGCCUAAUGCUAUCUCUGUACAAAGAUAUGUAGGGUGCCCACAUUUUCACCGGUAACCAAAAUAAUCCUGAAUUCUUUCAAAUUACUUCAAUAUAUAAUACUCAACUCCUACUAUACACAAUGCAGAACCCAUAAACACCCUGCACCCUAGUAUAGGUUGCUGGUGUCACCUAUAAGAGCUGCUCAGUACUCACUAACAUAUACAGUACUCCUGAUUUAGCCCACAUUAGUUCACCUUGUACUUUAUUUAUACAUAGCUUUGUACUUUAAAGGGAUACUGUCAUGGGAAAACAUGUUUUUUUUUCCCAUCAGUUAAUAGUGCUGCUUCAGCAGAAUGCUGCACUGAAAUCCAUUUUUCUGAAGAGCAAAACGAUUUUGUUAUAUUCAAUUUUGAAAUCUGACAUGGGGCUAGACAUAUUGUCAAUUUCCCAGCUGCCCUUAGUCAUGUGACUUGUGCUCUGGUAAACUUCAAUCACUCUUUACUGCAAGUUGGAGUGAUAUCACCCCCCCCCCCCAGCAGCCUAACAACAGAACAAUGGAAAGGUAACGAGAUAGCAGCCCUCUAACACAAGAUAACAGCUCCCUGGAAGAUCUAAGAACAGCACUCAAUAGUAAAAUCCAAGUCCCACUGAGACUGAUUCAGUUACAGUAAAGCUGGCCAUAGAUGUUGAGAUUUUUAAAAGAUCCGAGCCUCAUCGUGAGACCACGAUUUUCUCGGAACAAUCGUAUGAAUUGACCAUCAACUAAAAAGAACAAUUUGCCAGGAAAACAAAGGGGAGCUGCCUGCUUGGCCCUGCAAACAUAGUUAGAUUGCACUGGGACCGACAAAGAUUUUUUGACUUGGCCGAUCAAUUUCCUGACAGAUGUCGGACGAAAAAUCGUAAAAUGUACGAUCGUUCGAAUCCCACUAACCGCACGAUAAUUUCGAAGGAUUGGUCGGACUUCCCCAAAAUCGGUCGUUCGACAAGAAGAAUCAUCGCGUCUAUGGGGAGCCUUAGUAAAAGAAAUAUCAGCCUGCCAGAAAGUAGUUCCAUCCUAAAGUGCAGGCACAAGUCACAUGACUGGGGCAGCUGGGAAAUUGACAAUAUGUCUAGCCCCAUGUCAGAUUUCAAAAUUGAAUGUAAAAAAAUCUGUUUGCUCUGUUCAGAAAUGGAUUUCAGUGCAGAAUUCUGCUGGAGCAGCACUAUUAACUGAUGAGUUUUGGAAAAAAACAUGUUUUCCCAUGACAGUAUCUCUUUAAGCUGUAUAACAGUUGCACCAACACCCAGUAUGCAACCAUUAACAACAGCACACACAAAGGUGUAUACCAGUGUCAUAUGAAGAAGUCUUGUAAACCACAUUAAUACUGGAAAAAGGCUAUUAUAAUAUCCCCACAAUGGUUUUCAGCACAGUGUGUUACCCUCAACAUCCUACCAAUAAAAAUGCUGUAAUUCACAAUACUGCUACUUGUAGAGCCCUUGCUUGGUGAGUAUAAACUGUGUAUUUAUCUGCUGCCAGUAUUAAUUUAAAGCUUAGACUUUUUUUUCUUAAGCAUAAACCUAAAUAUUACUAUGACUUGCAGACAGUGGAAGGAAACUGCAUGCUCUGCUAUUUGCACAUCUUCAGGUGUUUGACAAUUGAAAGAUCUGUACAGUAUGUGAAAGGUUUCAUCUAUGGCAUUAAAUGAUAUUAUCUGCCACAAAUA